AUGGAAAACGAAAAGAAAAGAUGGAUUAUGCUAGAGAACAACCCUGAGGUCAUGGACCAGCUAGCAGCCAAACUAGGCCUGUCAUCUGAAAUUGGGUUUUACGACGUUUGGUCCAUAGACGAGCCAGAACUGCUCUCUCACAUCCCUCGACCAGCAUUGGCCCUUUUGGUAAUCAUUCCACUCACUCCUCCAUGGGACAAGGACCGCAAAGCCGAGGAUGCUGAAAAGCCCGACUACGGCGGGUGUGGCCCUCAGGAGCCUGUCGUCUGGUUCAAGCAGAUUAUAGGCAACGCCUGCGGUUCAAUCGGGCUGCUGCACUGCGUCAUAAAUGGGCCUGCAGUCGAGUACAUCCAGCCGGGCUCAGAUUUGGAAAAGCUACGUCGCGAUGCGAUUCCGCUGAAGAUGGCUGAACGUGCUGAGAUGCUCUACAACAGCAUGCCUUUCGAGACGGCCCAUAAAUCUGUCGAGCAGAUUGGGGAUACCCCAGGAGUACCUACUACAGGUCAUGCUGGUCAACAUUUUGUGGCAUACGUCAAGUCCGAUGGCCGGCUUUGGGAGUUGGAGGGUUCACGGAAGGGGCCGUUGGAUCGAGGAAUCUUGGCCGAAGACGAAGAUAUUUUGAGUCCAAAAGCUGUAGAGCUGGGGCUGAAGCGGAUUAUCAAAUUGGAGCAAGAAAAUGGGGGGAGAGACCUUCGUUUCAGUUGUAUUGCUUUGGCUCGUAAGGUAUAA